UUAAUUAUGUACGAAGAUUGUUCAGGAAACUAUUGACUUUCGAAACGUUUACGAUAUGGAAUUCCUUUUAUAUUUUCAAUCGAAAAUUAGUCCCAGUAAAACCAUUCAUACACCGCUUCAGACAGAAAUCAUUCAAAUAAAUUGUUUAAAUUCCAAACUCUCAAUCGACGAUGAUUUCAACAAAUUGAAAGCAAAGGGCAUGUCCCACUAGUCAACAACUGUCAUCGUCUACCGACUUGUCAGAGUGACAGUAUAUAGCACAACAAACUGAUUACGUUGUAUGCGAAACAAUAACAAACAUACAAAUCAUCAGCUAUGAUUAGCAUUUAUUUAUUUAUUUUUUUAUUCGUUCAAAAUGUUUUGACUUAAAUGGCAUAGAUAACAAUAUAUUUUAAUUUCCGACCAUUUUGUCACUAAUCAGAAUCGCGUGUCUAUCUCUUUUCAGUUCCGUUUUGAUUUGGUAUAGCUGUUUUUUAUUUGUUGAUUUGAAUGGAGCGACAUUCAAUCGCAUAAUGAGACGACAAUGAAUCAUAUGUGAUAGUGAAAUACAGAAAAUAUUAUUUUACAUUAUUGGCAUGUUGUUAGGCUUGUGAUACAUAAUCAAAGUGUUUAUUACAUUUCUGUUAGUGAUAGCAUUUUCAAUGCGUAAAAUGUGAAAGUGAACAAAGUGCUACUCUAUAUUUAGAUCAGUUAUUGUUAUUAUUUGCUCUGAUUGGGAUUACAUGAAAAUGGAUAAUUUUGACAAAUUUUGGUAUCUAUUACCAAAAAAGGAUGCUGAUGUAUACUUUGAAAUGCGAAAUUACCUAGAAAAUCCGGGCUGUGAAACAGAUAUUGCAAAACUGUUUAAAUCAUCAACGCAUCGAUAUAUUUUGGCGAAUCUUAUUGAGCAUCCGUAUCCAAUGACAAAAAUUGUUCAAUCUUUCUCACCGUACAUUUAUAUGAAAUUAUACUAUGAAGCGCUCUUACAAUUUAUGGAAUUUUCGGCCGAGCAAAUGUCCGAAAAUAAGUUCAAUUUAUACAGUUUUCUGAUUAAUGCUCAUCUGUCAGAUAAAUGGUUAGAAAAAUGCCAGACAUUCGUUUACAACUCGAUUUUUCGGCGCAUCGACACAGAUGAAUAUUAUGAAUUGCCAUUGGUGCUGAUGGGUAGCAAAUCAAUGCCACUGCUGAAAGCGUACAAUAGUUUUGUGAAACAGAGCUACGAAGCAAAUCCAUAUACAAAGCGGACAGCAUUUUUUGUGGCAGUCAAUCAAAGCACGCAUUUUUUUGAACCGAUUAUUCAAGAUAGCCCAGAAAUUGUUGAAUCAUCAUCCAUGCGGAAUGUAUCACAAUUAAUUAAAUUGAGUAAUUUGAUUAGUAAUAAACCGAAUCGUCCAAGCAAUGAUUUUAAUUUCUAUGACGAAGUUUGGAAACUAUUUGAACAAAUCGAUGUGAUUAAUUUAAGUGAUAAUCAAAAGAUUUUAUAUGAUGAAUUUGCGAGAAUGUUGAGUUUACAUCAUUUUGUUCGUUCAAAUCGAAAAUAUGAGAAUUUAUCCGACUCGAUUGCAAUCAAAGUGCUUGCAUCAAAGUAUAAUAUUUUGGAUUUUUUUGUGAAAUUCAACGAAGGCAGCAUGAUUCAAGCCACAAGUGAUUAUCAUGUGGUAAGAAAACAAUUGAUCGAAAAUGGCAAAUUCAAUCGAUUGAUCAAUCCAAAUAUUGAAAAAGACAGUUCCAAAGCAUCUGAAGUGAAUAUAUAUGAUCAAUUUUAUAGCAUUUAUUUAUUGAUUGAAUUACUUUUGAUUCGACCGAUGACACGAAACUAUGAUGAUAUUGUCCGCACAAAGUGCGCUGAGGUGAAGCAAAUUCUCGAUAUCAUUGAUGAUCCAUUCGAUUACAUUGAAACCGUUGAAUUUCUCUUUACAAUGCUAUUUUUACGAUGGGAACAUGUCAGUAUGCGUGUGUUUAGCAAUGGAAAAUUGGAGAACACAUCGACGUCGAUAACGAAUGAAUCCGAUACAUCUAGCGGUGCUGCUGCAAAGAAAUCGUCGGCUCAGUCGAAUAUUAAAAAUGGAUUUACUUGUUCGUUCAACGUUCUUCAGAAUAUGCUAAAUGCGUUAACUGCAUCUAUAGUCAAUCGUAAAACAGACGAAUUAAAUGAUAUGUUACAGCAACGAUUUAAACGUAUGUCUAAUGCAAUUGCUGACGCCAAAUGGCGAUUUCAAUUAGUUGAUUUGUAUUAUUCGACAACAAGUUACUUUCGAGCACCAUCCGAAUUAAAAUUGAUGCUUACAUCACUUCAACAACAAAUGGCAUCGAGGAAAAUGUUCAGCAGUUCCGAUGAUGAAGAGUGCACAAUUCCCAUACUAAAGAAACAAUCAGUCUAUCGUCGAAAACCGCGUCGUCAGAGUUCGAGUAAAAAGUCAUCGCGAUCGUCUAAAUCGUCUCGUUCCGGAAAAAGCGAUACAUUUGCCAACUCAACGGAAAUCGAAGAAAAAUCCAGAUAUGGUCCUAUACCAUUUGAUUGUGGUAAUAUUUCAAUGAUCAAACCGGUAAAUUAUCGAGAGAGACGCGGUUUCAUGGCAAAAAUGUUGGGACAACUCACCGAUAUGGUUACUAUUUCGGUGAUACGUGGCGAUUUAAAUGGAGCUAAAAAUAUUAUUAAAGCUCACAACUUAACCGACUCGACUAUUGCGAUUGAAGUGAAUGUGCUUGAAAAAUUCAACAAUUUAAAAAUGACACUGGAAAAAUGGUUACAAUCGAUACCAAAGAACAACGCGGUUGGCCAGCUGGAAUUGGAUUAUUCAAUCGAAGAGAUCAAAAAACUUGUGUCCAUCGAUUUUGAUUCGACACAAAUGAUAAAUCUGGUUCAAAAUUCUUUAUCCGAACUACCCAAGGAAUCGAACGAAGCUACACAGAUUUUGGGUCGUUUCAUGCAAAAUUAUCCAUAUUUGAUGUUAUAUCGUGAUCUUGCGCUGCAAGCAGUCACAAUCGUUGAUGUCGCACUUAGUUUGAUUUCGAAUGCCGAAAUUUGUUCAAAUUUAAUCAAUAUGUUAUCGAAAUAUUGCGACAAGGAUGAACCACUUGAAUCAUAUAAGAAUCGAAUUGGAUACUACGGCAUGAUGCAACAAAUUCUUGAAACGUUGAUUGUCUACAAUCAACAUAAUGAGAAAUCAAUAUGCAUUCAAGAGUUGUUAUCUAACGAACUUUAUGUAUUCAAUGGAAUGAAAGCGAUACAGAUAUUUAGACAAGAAGAAACAUUCAAUCGACAAAAGCAAAUUAAUUUGGAUGAGCUUGCAACGCGAAACAGUGUCAUGGAGAAUAUUAUUGAUUUCGAUGUUUUCAAUCGAAAAGGCGAAAAUUUACUGCAAAAUGUUUUCAACUAUUCAAUGAACAUGAAUCGUUUGAUUCACUUUAAGCAUCCAUCUGAUAUGGAUACGAAUCGACAUUGUCUCAAAGAAAUUUUAGAAAUUGAUCUAUUUGAAUUAAUCGGGGAAAUAAUGUUUGAUGAAAAUACCGUUGUUCCGUUGAAAGAGAUCGAAACCAUUGUUUGCAAGCUCAAUACGAAUCUCUUACAUGUAAUUACGAAAAAUACUUGUGAACUCAUUUCGGUGUGUGAUAAAUUCCGAUUGAAUAUGGACGAUGAAUUGAGAGAAAUUCUAAAAAUACUCACCAAUGAUACAUACAUCGAAUGUGAUAGAACAGCUACAUUACGAAAACCAUUUAAAAUUAAACGACACGACAUUCUAAACUAUGUACUUAUAUUCAGUGAAUUAAUUGCCUAUAUUCUGAGUGAAAUUCAUGGCAUCGAACCAUUGGAUCCAAAUGACGAUCCGAAAAUGCGAUUAAAUUGCAUACUACUGAACAACAUGAGACAAAUGAACGAAUUGAACAUUCAAACAAUUUUAAGCGAAGAUAUCGAUCAUAUGACAGCCGCAUUGAACCUGGACUCCUUUAAAAUGGAUCUGGUCAGAGAGUCAAUAGAACAGAAGCAGUAUCGAUUGGCAUUGAGUCUUCUUCAAUACACUCAAGAGCGACAUUUGCAUCGUCACAAGGAGGCAAUCUGGGCCAUCGAAGACGAAAUAAUUGUAAAAAUUCUGAAUGAAGAAGCCGAAAAAUUAGAAUUGAAAACAUUUUCACUGAUUGAAAAUAUAAAAAAUAUCCCAUUAAUGUCGAGCACACUGUUGAAGCAUAUAAAUCGUAUCAGUGAUGAUGAACUUGCUCUGCACCUGAUUCGAAUGAUUUUAUUACACGAAAGAGUCAAUGAAGUGCCCAAAAAUGAAAUUGAACAGCUCACAAAGUAUCUAUCAGAUGUUACGCUUUAUGCAAAUAUCGGACGAGCAAUAACAAUAACCGAUUACAUUUACGAAGCCUGGACAAAAGUGAUGGAAAUUAGCCGUGUGGAGCCAGAGCGUUUGCUUUAUUCGUUGAUUGAACGUAAUCAAUAUGAAUUAUGUUAUCAGUGGAUUGAAACGAUCCCAUUGACAAUGGUAAUAAAACCACAAUUUUUAGAUCUUUUUACGACGAAAAUCAUCGACAAUCAAGACAAUAAUAAUGAACAUUUUAUCAAAGUAUGUAAAGUUUUAUUGAAAUUAAUGGUGCUACAAAUGGACUCGAAUCUCUUGCUUAAACUAAGAAAUCGAAAAUUGCUACAGUAUCUCGUGAAUUUUUUGAUUGAAAAUUCGAAUAAUGAUAAUUACACUUAUAAAAAUUACCAAAUAUCAUUGCUAAUAUUCGAUGUACUUGAUGCCAAAGAAGCAAACACAUUAUGGGAACUUAUUGACUCACCACUUUUAAUAAUCGAACAGUACAUUUUAAACUCAAAAUUUGAAACGCUGAUGAAAAUUCUUCGCACUAUUCGACCGCAUAUUAAGAAAAAUGAAUGUUCAAUAUGUUCAACAAUGUCUAGGGAGGCACCACCACCGCCGUCGUCGUCGUCGAUGGAAUCGGGUUCGAAUCAUCUUAAAAAAACUACGAGCGAAAUUGACCGUCCAUCAUUUAUAGACUAUAAAUGUCAUGCAAUUAGUGAUCACUGUGUUGAUCAAAUCCUGCGAACGUAUGCAGCCAAGGCACUUGAUUUUCGCGUUGGUGGUGGAAGUGUAAUGCAAGAAGGUUCCACACCCAAACGAACCAUCAGUUUGGAUUCAGUGUGCGGAUCAUUUAUAAUGCCACGCGAAGCUCCUGCCAAAUCUCAAUGGAUCAAAGAUGAUGAAGCAACGCAUUGUAUGUGCUGUAAACGAACCAUUUUCACAAUGUUAAAUAGAAGACACCAUUGUCGUCGAUGUGGCAGAGUUGUCUGUCAUUCGUGUUCAACCAAACGCUUCACCAUUCCGAAAUUAUACGAAAAUAUUUUGGUGCGUGUUUGUGAUGAUUGUGAUCGACAAACCAACGAAGCGCUAGUGACCAAUGAGGAAAAUGCCGUUGAAAAACAGUCAGAACAACAACCGUCAUCAUCAAUUUCAACGAUUUUGGAUAAUCAACCAAUAAGUAGUAGAAAUGAAUGGAUGUAUCGAUUUACGGGACAUCUCAAACAUGAUCGAUUGCUGCGCGAAGAAUUUUCGUUUGAAUACGCUCCCAGCGCAUCAUUGUGCCUGAAUUUCAUCUCAAUGCAUACACCUGGUCAGAUUUGUUGCGAUUUUUUGCUCAGUUACUCGAAGAAAUUUGAAGCUCUAUUGAAACCACUCAAACCAGGACAAGCAAAUCCUGAGGUUGACUAUGCAUUUGUCACGCGUAUACUCUAUUGCUUGUCAUUUGCUGCAAAAAUGCAUGGUGGUAAUUCGGAAUGUAUGAAAAUCCGUGAUCAUGCCGAAAUCAUCAAUGCUGUCGUUGAAAGUGGUUGCGAAUCAUUUCUGCCCAUGGAAUCAAUCAAUAUGAAAAGCUUAAGGACACUACGCGAUAAUUUAUUGGUUGCCGAAAAGUUUAGUUUGGCCAUUGAAAUUUCUUUAAAAUCGGGUUUGCAAAAAACGGCAAUACUGGCUUUGUGGGGUAUUAAUUGCAUUAAAGGUGGUUGCUUUGAAACAGCCCGUGAAAAGUUGGUGCAUUGUUUAAUUCCGACAACGUGCGAAGAAGAUCGCCGGCAAAUCAUUCAAUUUCUAACGACCGAUGAACAAACGAUCAAAAAUCAAAAACCAUUUAAUCUCAAGUCGACAGCUCGUUCGCCAAAAGUGCAACCGCUUCUUUCUGAGAUUUUAACAAUUCUGGAAACGACAUGCCAUCCAAUUAGUUCCGAUGUACUUCAGAAAGCAUCAACGUUGUCGCAAUCAAAUCGUUCAUUGCAAUCGCUUCGAUCUGGAAAGAAAGAAAAGCUACCAGUCUAUGAGCCGGCUGUUAAUAUUUUGCACACUUUAUCGAAUCUCAAGCACAUUUCACAUGGCAUUUAUUCGGUUAAAACGCAUCGAACGCUCGGUUUGACUGGAAUCGAAGAUAUGAAUUCACUUUUUGGGUCGGACAAUGAACAACAUGGUUUACAUUCACGUUUCUAUACGGAAUCCAUUUAUUAUCUCGUUAGUUAUGGGCGACACAUUGAUGUGUUGCGAUUUUUAAUAAAAUAUAAACAAAUCACGAAAGCACUUAAAUAUUCCCUAUUCCUUCACAUUCCAACCGAUCAAUUCAUUCAAACGAUAAUUAUACCAUCUUUGAAGAGCGGCCGAUUAAAUGUAAUCAUUCAACAUAUGAUUGACAUGGAUGAAACGCUUAUGAUUUGGAAAGACUAUAUAAUUCAAAUGUGCUUGAUGCUCGAAAAGCGAAAGUUGCUCAAUAGUUUGUAUCAAGUGCAAUUACUGCUAAAAGAUACGAUAAGAGCCAGUAUGACGUGUGUACGAUUUUAUACAAUGGAUUGUGUUACAUAUCAGGAUUUACGCAAUAAUAUUCAUCAUUUGAUGAACGCUCAACAGCAUUUGAAAAGUGAAUUGGAACUGUGUCAAUGGGAAGAGAUUAAAGCACAACCGAGACGCUCCGAUGAGCAUCAAUCAUUCGUUAUGAAAAUGGACUCGAAAUCACUAAACACCCACAUCAAUACCAUUUGGCUACAGAUAGAUGCCACGAAAUUUUUGGCCCAAUGCGAAGAAAAUGGAAAGGAUACCUUUAACACCGUUAAUCUUAUACCGAAGAUUUCGUUGUUGCCUUGCACACGUAUACCGACAUUGUUUGAAAAUACGCAGGAUAAAAUCAUUUUGGUGGCGCUCAUUCUAAUUUGUGGUGCAAAUGUUGAAGAAGGUUUCGGUUUGGCCUACAGAAUCAUUCAAGAUAUGACAUUGAAUAGUGAUAAAAUUUAUGCAAUUGCUACCAAAUAUCUCGCAAUUAAUGGUCGUUUACAUGAUGUAGAAAAAUUGGUGAAUUGCAUAAAAAGCAAUUGCAAUCAACCGGACACAAAAUUGUGCAAUGACAUUCUUCAGCUGGCUGUACAAACUUCGCUUAGUAAUCAUUCGAGUCCACAACGUACUAAAUUGGCCAUUGAAAAUCUGAUUCGUUCAAUCACCGAUGUAUCCAUCCAAAUUGAUUGUUACAUAUUGUCGAGCCAAUUAAAAGCUGCAUAUUUGCUUGCCGUUCAGCACAAACGAUUGGCGGACAUUCGUCGCAUUCUACGAUAUGCCGAGAAAACAAAUCAAAUCCAAAUCAAAAAAUUAUGCGAGAAAAAACUGCAAUCGAUUGACUCACAAGUUGAAACGGAUCAAAGUCAGUCCAGUGAACAGUGAUGGCAAAAGAUUUGUAAUCAGUUAUGAAUUUAAUUCAUUCAUUAAUAUCAUUCGUUCUUUUAAAAUUUGUUAUUGUUUUGUUUAACUGUUUUAAUAAAGUUCACAUUUUUUUGUAA